AUGAAUAUUUUUGCAUUUCUUGUUGCUUUUUCAACAACAGGAAAAUGCAGUCGCAUUGAAAAAAGAUCGGGACUAGCUGAUCUUGUUUACAUGGGGGAACUUCACGAUCGAAUUAAUAACUUCUUCGCAUUGAAAAAGAGGCUUCAUCAAAAGUAUAAAAACCGGCAAAAAAGAGAAAGGUUCGUCCAAAAGCUUCGCCGUCCGCGGUUAUAA